AUGAAAUCAGCGCCAAAUAGGGUUGUCGUUUCUGGACUUCGAUACGAGAUUUCCAGCCUAAAUUCAUAUUUCCAUGUUGUAUUCUCAAUAACUGUUGUUAUUGCUGUGGAAGAACGUGUACUCGGAGCCGAUAUAUCACAAUCCUCUUCUAAUCCAUUUAACCUAGCAAUAUAUGACGUAAAUAGGGACGGUGUCAAUCUGGAAACACGAGACAAACGUGAAUUACCACCUGCCAACACGAGACUAGUUUGCGGUAAUAUCAGCUCUCCACAGUGUACGGUUUUUGAAACAGCUCAAACAUCGUGCCUUGCCGUAUCACCAAUAUGUAAUGGAGUAUGCAAAGCAAGUCUCACUACCGUGGCAUCAGGUCUCAAUAACAUCUACGACAUAGCGACGGAUUCCGGAUACGUGUAUGUAGUCAAUGCAAAUAAAGGAAACGUUGAAAAGUUCAAAUUGGAUAAUAACCCAAUUAGUGCUACUCAACCCACCGUCGUCGCCUCGAAUCUUGUUAAUCCAUGGGGUGUAUAUGUUACCUCAAAUUAUGUGUACGUAUCGGAUACAUUCAAUCAUCAAAUAAAACGGUAUGCUAAGGGUGCGAAUGGGGCGACCGUUGGAGUGGUGGUAGCUGGGGGAAACGGUGGCGGCUCAGCUCAAAAUCAACUCAACUAUCCCUAUGGUUUGUUUGUCGAUUGUGCAGAAAACAUAUACAUAGCGGAUGGUCACAACAACCGUGUAGUACGAUGGGCACCCAGUGCUACGACCGGAUGCACCGUGGCGGGCAACGCAGGUGGCAAAGCAGGCAGCGGAUUGAAGGAACUUGAUUUUCCUAUAGAUGUUCGCUUUGACAAGCAAGGCAACAUGUUCGUUGUCGAUUCAAAUAAUUAUCGUGUUCUCAAAUUUGUGUCUGGUUCAUCGACCGGCAUUGUUGUGGCCGGCAAUGGGCAGAAAACAAAUGGUUUCAAUACAGCAAUUGGUUUUUACGUUGACGCGUGUGAUACGGUGUACCUCGGUGCUACGAGAGGCGUCAUAAAAUUUCCUCCCGGUACGAAUGGCACUGGUAUUCCAGUUCUCCAAGUCGGAUAUACGGGUGGCAUAGCCGUGGAUAAUACGGGAACUUUAUUCGUUGGAUUAAGAGGAGGCAAUGUAGUUCAAACAUGCACAUUGUCGUCGGGACAAGUGACAACACCACCACCAACUAGUAAGACGAAUAUGGAUCUGUCUAGCUGA